AGGUUGGUUCAGCCCCCGUCUACUCCGGGGUGGUGCUUAGCCGGCGCCAGAGCGACCCUCGACUUCGGAGGGGCAGUGCCGUUCCUCUAGGUGCUUCGUCCUCACCUUCUUCGACUUCUGUAGCCUCUUCGACCUCUUUAGCUUCCUCAGAGACCCGAGACCCCGGUGUAUGCCCCACCCCUGACCCGGCGAGAGAUAUGUCCACCCCGGCUCGCCGGCGCCUCAUGCGGGACUUUAAGAGGUUGCAGGAGGAUCCUCCAGCUGGAGUCAGCGGGGCUCCGUCUGAGAACAACAUAAUGGUUUGGAAUGCGGUCAUUUUUGGGCCUGAGGGGACCCCAUUUGAGGAUGGAACAUUCAAACUUACAAUAGAAUUCACUGAAGAAUAUCCAAACAAGCCACCCACAGUUAGAUUUGUCUCUAAGAUGUUUCAUCCAAAUGUCUAUGCAGAUGGUAGUAUAUGUCUGGACAUACUUCAGAACCGCUGGAGUCCGACCUAUGAUGUAUCUUCCAUUUUAACAUCCAUACAGUCUCUAUUGGAUGAACCAAAUCCCAAUAGUCCAGCAAACAGCCAGGCUGCUCAGCUGUACCAGGAGAACAAGCGGGAAUAUGAAAAGCGUGUUUCUGCCAUAGUAGAACAGAGCUGGCGUGAUUGUUGACCCCAGAGGGAGCAAAAGAAAGUAACCCUAAGAAAAACAAUUAUUGAUGUAUUGGUCACCUUCUUAUUCCUCAUUGUCAUUAAUUUACUUUAUUAAAAGCAAAAAGCUGUUGUGCUGUUUCCAUCUUCCCUUGCCGAACUGUUCCUAGCCCUUCUCCCCUCUCCUUGAACACCAGGCAACACCCUCUGUGACAUCAAAUGUACUGUACCUGGGUUACUUGCAACAAUUACUAAUGCUUAA